AUGAAAGACAAACCAAUAGAUUAUUUUAAAAGCAAAAUACCUAAUAUUAAUCACAAAUUGACAAUCCAUAUGGGAACUGGUAAAUCAAUAUUAACACCUAAAAAGAAAUUAGAAAUGAGAGUGAAUCAUAUUAAUCCAGAAAGUAUAACUUUAGAUAAAAUCAAAGAAAUGAACAUAGAGUUUAAUAAAUAUUUAGAUAAACUAAAUAUUAACAAACUUUUUAUUGAAAGACUUUAUAAGGCUGAAUUAGCAGGUGCUAAAAUAUUUCUUAGAGAUUAUUCUAAUCCAACUAAAUUAAUAGAAUGUUAUAUAAUUGGAGAAAGAGAAAAUAGCUUAAUAGUAUUAGAAUGGAAAGUUAAAAUUUAUCCUAAGUCACGCAUAGAAUUCUAUUUAAUAUAUCAAAACAUCAAAUACUUAUUUAUCGGUGAGAAUUUAAAACUUAAUAGAUUUUUUAAAAGUUAA